CCCAGCGAAACCCCCCAAAAAGAUAUUAUCAUAUCAUCACACUUCCCACCAAAUCAUCCCAACUCCACUCAUCUCUAUACAGUAGUCUGUAAGACAUUUUGCAAUUCCAACAAGUUGCUUCUUGCAAUACUAGAUGCUGCACAUAUCUCAUUCCCCUAAAACUAAUUCUUGCUUCGUUUCUAUACAAAUACAAUAACACAAGAAUCUCACUCUCGUAAGAGAGGAAAAACAAAUGAUUAACGUCGAACACUCAUCUAGCCUGCCAGGUUCGCCUGAUGCAGCACCACUUCAGCCUAUAUCCCCCGACCGAAUUAAUCAGCAGCGCGACGCUUCUAUGUUCUCUUCCAUACGAACCGAACAACUUCGUGACAGUGACGUACACGAUAAGAUCCGCCAGUUUAACAACAUGACGCAUACCAAUCCUGGCGCGGCAUCCAUGUCGAGGCAACUCGAACGAAAAACAGCUGACGCCGCCCUAAAGAGAGCAAUGCUCGGACGAGAAGAAGCAGAGUCCGAAAUGCGCCGUUAUAGAGAAGAAGCGCGCGUACUACGUCGGCACGUCGAAGAAAGUCGAGGUAGAGAGCGCAAAGUAGGCGAAAGACUUGAGGAUGUAAUGGAAAAAUACGGACAAGCCAAAGAAACACUUCAACAUAGCAAAGCAAUAUGGGAGAAGGAAAUCCGGCAGGCGCGUAAGGAAGUUUUCAAGACACAAUCAUCCAUCGUCAAACUACAAGAAGAACUUAAAUCCGUACGAGCCGCCUCGAAAUCUACCGAAGAGUCCUUAGCAAGAGAGAAGGAACUUAGUAAAGCUAGAGAACAAGAGGCGUUCGCGUCGCGCUAUCAAUUAGUUGAGGUGCAACAACAAUUAGAGAAGGCUCUCGAGCGCAUUGCGUUUGUCGAACGAGAACGUGAUGCAUAUAAAGCCGCCGCUCAGAGCGAGGAGAUUGCGAGAAUCGCCGCUGAGGGUCGCCUACCACUACCACCUGAGGAGCCCGACACCGAAUUUGCGUCGCCUAAGAAAGAUGGACGAGUCUCCCUGUCGACUGUCGAUAUUCUAUCUUCUGCCGCAAGCGAGAACGAGAUUGAAGAAUUGACGCGUCUAUGGCAAUGGGAGAAGCAAAGGGCUGAUCGCACCCAAGAGCAGCUCGACUUUAUGCAAGCUGAAUGCGAACUUCGAUUCUGUCGUGGGGCAAGAACUCGCGCACGAAGAAGUACCAGGCUGUCGGGUCGUCAAGAGCGACUCGCCCCGGUUACGAUCGUGGAUCCAGCAGACCGCCUUAUCCUAGGCCGGAAGUCCCAGUCUUCGGAGCUCCCUACCGUCGCAGAGCCAAAACACGAGGAGCAGCACGGAGAGCAACAAGAGCAAGAGAAACAGGAACCUCCACAAAUCGAAGAGACUCCUCCGCCGGUAGAGGAAGUUGAAGAAGUUGUGCAGAAGGAGGAGCCAAAGGAGCGCAAGGAACCCAGACGUAGCACGAUCUUCGUUCCCUCCGAAGGUAUCUUCCGAACUCUUUCCCAACAAGACCUUCGAGCGGCGAACAAAUCCGAUGAAUCCGCCUCCGAGCCGCCUACCCCGGUAGAUCCUCAACCAAACCCACCCUAUUAUUCCCGAACGCCUUCUGUCGAUCCCCCCACGUUCGCACUAUUAGCACAAGAACGUACCUCACUACUCUCCCUUCUCAACGCACCUCGCGAGAGUGAAUCUCAUUGCACAGUCAUAAAUAUCCCGACCACAUCUGCAGAAGCCGCUUCUGAAGCCCCUUCUGAUCAAGAGGACGAAGACGUUGAGUACGAUAGGGAAGAGACCGUCCGCCCAGAAACAAGAGCGGAAGUGGAAAGGGAAGAACUCAAUGACGAAUCACGACCACACACCUCAGCUGCAUUCUACGCAGUAACAACGACGACAACGAUGGUGCCCGUCCGAGAUGAUAAAAGAACUAGCGCGAACCGCCAGCCCCCGUCAUUCGACAUUAACAACCCAGCGCUGACCCCCACGAUGACGCGCGAACAGGCUCUAGCGCAGAUCAAGGAGCGCCGCGGUAGAGCUAGAAGCGCUGCACAGGGUCAGGCUACGCCUAGACGGCAGAUGGUAACCGGUGUGGGUGAUAGGAGAGAUGUUAGCGCACCGGCAGUUAGGGCUGCUAAGGGGCGCUCUGCAUGAGGAGGUUCAGGUUCACUUGCUUACUUACCUACUUGCUUUCCUCGAUACCCCACCUGCUUCUAAUUGAGUUGGAGUUGGAUAGCCUCAAGUGAGAUAUCGAAUGAAAUAAAUCGCAGGAUACCCAGCUUACCGAGCGGCGUCUCGAUAUCAAUAUUUCUAAGUGCAAUGGCAAUGCGAGGCGUUCAGUGGCUAUCAGAAUCUUCAAAACUGCAUUUCCAUCGGCGUUUUUUUAAUGUUUAUAUUGCCCUCUUUCCUACGGGAUGGGGUGGCGAGGGGGAGUUCGGAAUGAUAUGAUAUGAACUGAAGGCGUUGGAUUUGUCUACUCCUCACUACCCCCUUUUUCUGCGCUUUUAGAGAUCCUUCGCUCAGCCCUGCCCUCACACAAUCACACUCUUGGUGUUUUAAUGCUAUGGUUACGAUGAAGAUGAUGAAUAGGGGAUGGAUGGAGUUGGGGCUAAUUUACUACGUACGUAGUUUGUUUAUAGGCGGUUAAUGGAAGAUUCUUAUUACUU